AUGGGCCUAUUCAGUCUCACUGGCACAGGGCUCGCUCGAACCCGUGUCUGCCUUAUAGUGGUCCCUUCGUUCUUAUUGUUCGGCUACAACCAGUCCAACAUGGGUGGCGUUCUCAACUAUCCCUCCUUCAUUCGCCAUUUCCCCGAGAUAAAUACCAGUACCACGACCGGGAACGUCCAAGCCACGAACGCAAAGACCCAAGGCACCGUUGUCGCCAUAUACACCAUCGGAUGUCUCAUUGGCUCCCUGGGCAUCACACAGGUCGGCAACCGACUCGGUCGUCGAAAGUCCCUUAUAAUCGCGGCUGUCAUCGCAGCCAUUGGUCAAAUCAUCCAGAGUUCGUCGUUCAGUCUCGGUCAGCUCGUCGUCGGCCGUGUUAUCUCCGGCAUUGGCAAUGGUGGAGUGAACGCGGUGGUGCCGGUGUGGCAGAGCGAAUGCACUGCGCCGAAGAGCCGUGGGAAGAAUGUUGUUAUCAUCGGCAUCUUCAUUGCUUCUGGGGUUGCUGCCGCGGGGUGGGUCAAUGUUGGCUUCUCGUUUAUAAAUACCAGUGAGGUAGCCUGGCGGUUCCCUCUAGCUGUGCCGGUUGUGUUCACUCUCAUGAUCAUGAGUUUUACACCAUUCUUUCCCGAAUCUCCCCGCUGGCUGAUCAGUAAAGGCCGCCUGGCCGAAGCCCACGAGGUGAUGCGAAAACUAUCUCGAGAUGACACCAACGAGGAAGUGAUCCGAGCGGAAAUCAACAACAUCUCUAGCCUUCUUCAACAAACCUCCCAGUCGGAACGUGGCUUUAUUGAUCUGCUCAAACCCGGCCCCCAGCGUCUACUCUACCGCAUGUGCCUUGCUAUCGGCAUCAACUUCUGCGCCCAAAUGACCGGUGCCAAUGUCAUCUCCUACUACGGGUCCACAAUCUUCAAGGAAUCUCUUGGUCUAGGGGAGAAGAAAGCCGCAUUACUUAAUGCCGGCGUCUUGACAUGGAAAAUCGUCGCCGCUACCUCAGCCUACCUCACUGUGGACCGCUACGGCCGUAAGCCCCUGUUCAUCAGCGCCGGCCUAGGCAUGGGCUUAUCCAUGGCCGGGCUGGCUGGUAGUGUCUGGGCCAUUGACCACCGCGACACGUUUGGUGCUUCAGUGGCGGCGACCUUUUUUCUCUUUUCCUUUAUGGCUUUCUUCCCCCUGGGAUUUCUGGGAGCCAAUUUCCUUUACAGCGCAGAGAUUGCGCCGCAGGAUCUGCGCAUACAUCUGGCUGCUAUCGGGACCGCGACUCAUUGGUUGUUUAAUUUUGUUAUUGCGGAGAUUUCUCCAAUCGCGUUGGUCACCAUCCGGUGGAAGUAUUAUAUCGUUUAUGCGGUUGUCGGGGUUGGUGUUGCUGUGUUGGUGUACUUUCUGUUUCCUGAGACGAAUUGUAGGUCUCUGGAGGAAAUGGAUGAGUUGUUCUCGGAUCCGGAUCAUUGGUGGCAAGUCCCUGGUUAUGCUCGUGGAUUGAGGAUGGGGAGUGGGGAGACUGAUAACUCGCCAGCAAAGACAUCUGUGGUACAUGUUGAGAAGGUUUAGGGGGUUGGUACAUGUUGAUAUUGGGGGAAUGAGCACAG